AGCCUCACCUCCCUCGGAGGGAGGAUUCCGUCCUACAAGAGGGGCGGGACUCGCGAAAGGACCCAGCUGCGCGCCCAGAGAAGCCGCGGGACCAAGAACCGGAAUAGAGCGCGGGAAAAUAAGUGUCUCGCGAUACCUCCUGAUGCGAUACUAAGCCUCAAGUCCUUCUCGACUCUCAUUGGCUGCUGGGUGUGGUGAGGCGCCUGGGACAGCAGCAGCGAGGCCCCGCCCCCCGUUAAGGAGCCAAUCCUGAGCAACCAGGGGAUAGACCCGGAAGCGAGACUCGCGACCGUGGUUUGCUUCUUUGUGCGAUCUUGAUGAAUAAAAUCAAGCUGACAUAACUCAUCUUGACAAAGAUUAUACUCUUAGUAUCUGAAAUGUUACUUAUGUAGAAUAGUUGUAAAAAUGGAAAAAGAGAAAGUAAAUGAUAAUGGAAAACUAGACCCAGAGAAUUUAUUAGACUUUUCUGAACACUUUAACCAACUUGAGUUGUUGGAAACACAUGGACACCUUAUUCCCACUGGCACUCAAAGCCUCUGGGUAGGCAAUUCUGAUGAAGACAAGGAGGAGCAAUAUGAAAAAGAUGAAGAAUGGUAUCAAUUGCAAGAAAAAAAAAUGGAAAAAGAUCCAAGCAAACUGCUUCUUUGGGCUGCUGAAAAAAAUCGGCUGACUACAGUGCGGAGACUACUUUCUGAAAAGGCCACUCAUGUGAACACCAGAGAUGAAGAUGAGUAUACGCCCCUUCAUCGAGCAGCCUACAGUGGACACUUAGAUAUCGUCCAAGAGCUGGUCACACAGGGGGCAGAUGUGCAUGCAGUGACUGUGGAUGGCUGGACACCUCUGCACAGUGCUUGUCAGUGGAAUAAUACCAGAGUGGCUUCUUUCUUACUUCAGCAUGAUGCAGAUAUCAAUGCUCAAACAAAAGGCCGCUUAACCCCUUUGCAUCUGGCUGCUGGGAACAGAGACAGCAAAGAUACCCUGGAACUCCUCCUGAUGAACCGUUACAUCAAACCAAGUCUGAAGAACAAUUUGGAAGAAACUGCAUUUGAUAUUGCCAGGAGGACAAGUAUCUAUCACUACCUCUUUGAAAUUGUGGAAGACUGUACAAAUUCUUCACCUCAGUCUUAAUGGUUCUAAUAAUUUUCUUAAAUUUCUAAGUACCAGUGCCUCCUUUUUGUGACAUAUAAAAUAUUGCCAUAAUACAAAAUUGACAUCAAAUGUCUAACUAUAGAAACUCAGUGCUACUCAUUAUGUUCUUCAAGUGAAUUGCCUGACCUUGAUGUCAAAAUGUAUUUGAGAGUUGCUUGGAUAUAUCUUUAACAAUUUUGGUGGAGUUUGUGAUUUUUAUCAGAAGUAAUUUUAACUUACCUACACUUACAAACUUGACACGGGUAAUACAGAAACUAAAGAUAUUUUUGGUGCUGAUCCAAGAGAAAUGUAUUUUUAAAUAUCCCAAAUCCUGGAUCUUUGUUGAGUAUUUAGUAUACUGACAUGUAUUUUUGUAAGGUGAGGUAACUCAAUUUAAUUUAAAAGUCUUAAAUACACUGGUGCAGUUCAGCUGUCUUCUCUACAUUAUCUUAGCUGAUUGCUUACCUUCCAAACCAGGCAAAGUAAUAUAUUAGGGACUUGAGUCUUUAUAUGUUAAAAAAAUAAAAAGAACUUAGGUUUUUAUUUUUUAAAAUAUAGGCCAUUUUCAAGAAAAGAGUUGUUUAAGCUAUGAAUGUUAUAUACUGUCUCCCUUACCACAAUCACAUGAUCCUGUGAGUAGCCCUACCUCACGCUGGUCAAUCUGCACACUCUUACAGUGAGUCAGUAUGAUCUCUCAGACAUAUACACAACUAUAUCUCGGUCCAGGCGAUUUUAACAUUCUUGCCUCCCACUAGUUUCUCCUGCCUAAUCCUGCUGGAUUGGACACUGCUCAAAUAAUUUGUUCAGUUCACAGGAAGUGUUGAUUUUCCAAGGUCCUCACGUUAUAUAAGCCAUUACAAAGGUACGGUAACAAGGGAUAAGGAACUCUUAAGACUGAAGGGAUGAUUAUUAUAUGGGGACUAGAACCACCAAGUGGUUCAGCUUUCUUUAAAAACCAUAGUGUGGAUAGUGAUAAAAAUCAUAAAAGUAAAUAUUCAAGAAAAAUAAACUACAAGUUUUGACAAUAAAAAGUCAUGAAUCCUUUUCUUAA